UUUAAAGCACAGCCAAAAUCAUUAAUCAGUUUCAUGGUUUCACUGUGGCCUGUAAUCUGAACUGGCUGCAUCAGGUUGCUUCUUUCUACCUAUUGGCAUGUGUGAUACUUUAUCUCUAGACUGUUCAUGAAUCAUUCAGCAUGGCAGGGAGAGAGCUUCCUGUAUGCCUUCGAGCUGUCUCUGAGCCCUGGACAGCAAACUGACAUGAUGUGCUCGUUCAGGGUUUGCCUCUGCUGGCCUACCCUACUUUGCUGGUUCUUUGCCCCAAGACUGAGCACUGCUAUGGGAUCAAACAUAACUCUGAGACUUCCUGAAAGAUCCUCCUGCAAACCAGGUUUUUACUGCCCAGAGGGAGGUGAGGGUCCAGUUCCAUGCCCCAGAGGAACAUUUGGACCAAGUUUUUGGGCCACGUCCAUAAACGACUGUAUCAGCUGCCCGCCACAUCACUAUGGACCCAGAGAAGCCUUGAGCAAUUGCCUGCCCUGUGGGCCCUGGUCACAGCAGCCUCUGCCAGGACAGCACAGCUGUACAUGUUUGCAAGAAGGUCAAGUUUUUCAGGCCAGUGACGGACAGUGUCCGUGUACUUUGGGAUACGUACAGAAAGGAGAAGCCUGUGUGUUGAAGGUCUAUGAGAUCUGCAAAGAUGGACGAGCACGUAACCAGCAUGGAGAAUGUCUGGACCACAAGCAGUGGAAGCAAUAUUGCUGCCAACAGGUGUGUCCAUCUCCUGAGCUAUAUGAGGGCUAUGAUGGUUCCCUGGGCCUGUGUGCUUGCAGAGGGCUGUCCAGGCCUGAGCCAGACCGUGUUGAGUGUGUGGGCUGGUGCCGGAGCAUCCUGAAUCCAGUUCUGCAGCUGGUUUGCACUGGAAGCCUGUAUCUGCUCUACACUGAGUCUGAUCAACAGGUGAGCAUGUCUGGAAGCAUGCUGGAGACCGUCCUCAAACACUGGGACUCCCGUGGGAGCUUGGAAUGCAAUGUGCAGCUCAACUUCUCCAGGCCUGUGUACACAGUGCAAACAGGGGAGGCGGGUUUCUUUGGUCUGCUUAACGCUGUCCCUGUGGAGGUCAGGAGGUUGAUUCUGGCCCACAGCCAGGAAACCAACAGACAUUUUGAGCCACUAGAUACAGAACAAGGAAACAUCAAAGAUAAAGAGGAAGAUUGGGACUCUCACUGGUCCAGUAAAUCAUCAGCAUUCGGUACGUCUGAUAUGAGGCCUGGAGGAGUCUUGAACCCAACAGCGUGUCUACAUCCGGGAGACAUUCUUCUUUUCACCGUGACCCAACAGCACUAUCCUCAGUAUGAUGUAGACAGCUUGUACAACACUAAUGCUGCGUUUGACUGGGGGCCCUUCAGAUUACUGGCACAGGACCAAGAACUGGCACGAUCUGCCCACUCCCUUUUUUCCAUAAGUCUCCAUGAGCCGGGGGUGUAUGCCUUCAAACUCAGCAGCCAUCAACAUAGGCACAUGUAUGUUCGGGUAGUGCCUGCAGGUGGAGAGUGCUAUGACACUGGACCCUUCUUCCCUUCUGACCCACAUCAUUUGACUCGCAUGGGCAUCGCGCAGAGGCGCCAACUGCUGCUCCGCCCCGAUUGGACGAUGAUCGGUGGGCUUUUAGUAGGAGCUGUGGUAAUCCUUUGCUUGUGCGUGACAAUAUUGAUCCUGUUCAGGGAAUACGGUUGGCCCGAGAAACUGCCAGCUCAGGCCAGGUACCGUGAUCUGCAGCUCAGGUACAAUAUGGACGACUAUUCAUCGAAGGGCUCCAGGGUGGUGGCUGUGAAAAAAACACAUCGAAACCUGCAGGUGGGGUUGACUGAGGAUUCAGUGCAGAGAGCGGUGGCUCUGGUGUCAAAUGAAUUCUGGGACUAUGAAGAACAAGUGGAUCUUGAAGCCUUCAGUUCCAGCACCUUCUACGACAUACUACUCAAGCACAGCGUGUCUGUCACAGUACGUCUCGGGCAGCUCAGAGGAGAGGUGAAGCAGCUCUAUCAGGGGGUGCUGGGGAAGUUGAGAGGGCUCCACCCUGGCUGGAGGAUGUUUGGAGGGAAAACCGAAGGUCUGGAGAGGCAGGUGGAGCAGGAGAUGGUGCGACGAAGAGCACUGGGUAAUCAGCUGACACAGCUACUGGACAGUCAGUUGCAGAUCCUGAGGGUGGAGAUGAGAGCACAGCAGGUCAUACAAAAGACCUUCAGAGCACGACUGAGAGAGGGCGUGAGGCUUCUGAGACUGCUGGCUGAGGGUCAUACCUUGCUCUGGGACAAACACAUCAAGCAGCAUGUUUUAGAGCGAGUAGCUGUGCUUUCUGAUGAGAUGAUUGAGAUGGUAUCAGUGGAAAGCCAGAGGCUUGGGGCCUGGGUUGUGCUUAAAGAGGGCACUGGAGCACAGUUAUUAUGCCCUGCUACUGGAUCAGUCCUCAGCAGGGAAGACAUCAUAGCUCCUGAUGGAUCUGUUAGAGCUUGUGAUGCCGUUCAUGUAGACCCCCUCACAGGCCUCAUUCAACCCAACUCUAACACCCAUAUGUUACUGGCAAGUGCACACAGCAUGCCAGUGCCCCCAGAUUUCUUCCUGCACCCCCAGACUGGCAAACUACUGCCUGUGGCUGGAAACGUAGGCUUUGAUCCUGCUUCCUCCACCCUUGUCUUUACAGCCGACGCUUGCGUGGGUGAGGUGGGAAAAUGGGAAUCACCUCUGCUGCCUUUCAUUCCGUACCCUCCGUCCCGCCAUGCUGAAAUCCAUGCUGCUUCCAAACUACGGGGGCUUCGUUCAGGCCAAAGGCUGGUGUUUGGAGGCCCUAUGUGUGACUGUGACACUGGUGUUUUGGUGCCUAUUCUGGCAGUCACCAUCCAUCCGCAAACAGGAUUGGUUUAUCCUUUGGGAGGUGUGCACACGUGUCCCAUCUCACGCCUACGGCAGCCUAUUCAGAUCGGCUGUCCCAUGCUGGACCCACGUACAGGCGACCUGGUGCUCAUCACGGGUGUCAGCCUUGAUCCCCAUACAGGGGCUGUACUUCCAGUUGGGGGGCUCCUCCUAAACGAGUCCUUCAUCGAGCCCUUGAGCGGACGAAUGGUGCGGGUUGGUGGAGGCAGUGUGCGAGGAGGAAAGGUGGUGCCACAUGCUGGGGGUUUCCAGGCUCUGCUGGACAGCCAGGCUCUGGGCGCUUGCUUGCGGGUGGCGGAGCUCCUGCAAGGAGUCAGUGAGGAGUGGAGCUCAGCAGCUGCUGAUCCACAAGGUGACCUGGACAGACUCUCGGCAGCAACAUCUGAGCUGGAGCAGGCCUGGAAAAGCAGCCAACACUGUGUGCUGCAGCUGCUGAGUCGCCUGGAAGUCGUACAGGAACAGGCCAGGGGUGUGGCGGAAAAUGGUGGUAGUGUGGGGGAAAUCAAGUUUCCUGGCAUUGAUCUCUCCUUGCCAGCACUCCCUGGGUUGGAGUAUCCUGACCCUGGAGGCUCGAGUUUGCAUGUCCCAGUUCUGGGAGCUCAGUUGGACUGGGUGUCAGGAUGCAUGGUGCCCCUGGCUGGAACCAUGGAGGAUGCAGAUGGUAAAGGGCUAGUUCCCAUACGUUUCGGAGCGCAGACGGUGGACCCAGUGACCGGGGUGCUGUCUCCGGUUGUGGGGGCCAAUCUGGAUGUUUGGAAGCGGACUGUGGUUCCUAUAACUGUGUCCCAGAUUCUGACGUUAGGAGAAAACCCAGACACUGUCACGGUGGAAGCCCUCCAGAAAGAGAGCAGCGUACGGGGCAAUUACUGGCGUGAGCAGACACUGAAGGAAGAGGAGAUGGUGGGAGAUUUUGACAGAGCCGUUAAACACUAUCUCUCCACAUCCAUACACGAGUCUGACUGUAUAGACUGGAUGGACACAGACAGGCAGCUCAGGGAGACCGCCGCUGAGAUUCAGGAAAGCGCUCAGUGUGAGGCCCAGCGAAAAGCUCUCCAGAACUCAGAGUUAUCGCUGCUCAUACCAGCCCAUGUGUUACACGCUCUCACAGGAGGAGACGAGGAGGAGUGGGAGCAGCAGUGUUACUGGCACACCGAGCUUAAGGCCGUGCUGAGCCGAGCGAGUGUGUCAAUGGAGAGACUGCGCAGGGACCGGGAUCAGCUGUCGAAACAUGAAAUGCAGCAUCUGGAUGGGGAACUGAGGGAGCAGGAACUGUGGGAGCAAUUAAUGCAGAGACAAGCAGAGCUGGAUGCUGCGCUUUCGUCUCUCCGCUGUGCUCGUCAGGUCUGCCAGCUACGUGCUGACACCGCGCAGUCUUUGGUUUCUGGCACAUUCUGGUAUAAGGAUUUUGACAUGCUGCAGCCUAAGAGUGUGAGAAACCCUCUAAAAGUAAUAGCCAUGACUCAGCAGAAAAUCCUUCCUCGGCUGGAACGACUUAUUCAGCUGUUGGAGGAAACCAAAGCACUUGGCCAGUCGACCAGCACACAGCGGCAGCAGAGCUCUGGAAAGCAGGCGUUUGGCUGUGACAGCGCUUCUAGAGCGUGGACUGAAUCUGUGUCUGUUGUGAAAGGUGUCUCAACUCAGUCCUUUAAAGAUCAAAUGAAGGCUCCGUCUGCAAGUGAACAGAAUGCCACGGUGCCCUCUCUUCCUCUGUCAAACCCAUCUUACGCUCAGAAAAGCCAGGAAAAAACACAGCUGAACCACAGCCAGGAUGUCCGAUCUCUCCAGGAACCUGGUCUGUCCGCACAUAUCAGUGUCCCACAGCUAGCAGAGGAAGACUGGUCCAGACUAGUAGCGCUAUCUCCCCUCUUCCAGCUGAUGAAGGAAGUGGAGCAGCAGCUCAGGGAUAGUGCCAGAGAUAGAGGCCUUCACAAGAUCCAGCCCUCGGGUGCAGGCCGGUCAUUUGUGGAUUUCAUGGAUGCCCAGUGGGAGUGUGAGGGAGAGCUGAUUCAAGUGAGCUCUGAAACACUCAACCCACGACAGCUUCUGCUCUACCAGCAUGGACAGUUUCUGCUCCAGCACCUUCACUUACAUAAAAUGAUACCAGCAGUUACCCUUCAACUGGCUUCUACUCUUCCUUUAAACGACUACCAUAACAAUGCUUUCCGCAACUCUUUCUAUUAUCAGGAGGGACAGAAGACUCUGUUUGUUCGCAGUCAGAGGUUGCAGUCGGUGGGUGGCCUCUCUCUGCUGCUCAUGCACUGUGCUGCACACAUUUCCACCGGCCAGAUGAGCACCGACUCCACUCCCGCCUUCCAAAGAGCCUUUUUCAAGGUUUUACAGGUGGGCCUAAGUGAGCUGUUCCAUGCCAGACUGGGACAAACUGUUAGUCCAGAUGAUGAGAGGACUAAAGAUUUGCAGUCUCUCGAUGGCCUUUUGCUGGAAAGAUUGCAGAAGCCAAGUCCUGGGAUUUUCUCAGAGGAUGAGGUUUUGGGACGUCUGCGCAAAUACAGAGAGGCUUCAGUGUUCCGCCAGGUCGAGAGUCUCCUGAAAGAGUCUCCUAAGAGCCUGGAGAUCAACCACCUCAACACUGACCCGUCACUCAACGACGACCCAGACAGCCAAGACGCUGCUCCUCCAUGAGCUGGCAAUUUAACUUUGAACAGCGCUGCCUUUCUGACAGUGAUGAAUCCAGCUUUCAAAGGCAUGUUAUAUGCUGCAAGGCAGCUGAUGGCCUUAUCGGCUUGGACGGUAACAGUUUGGAGGGGGUUAGAGUGUCUAGUUUUGCUUGCGGUGGUGACCCAAUACAGCUAGAAAACUUCUUUCCUGUACAAAAGAACAUUAAAAUGGGUAAUAUUUCCAUGAACUGCACAGGUACAAAAAGCAGACCUCUAUUUAAUCCAGUUUUAAUGUUGGUAUCUACCUAAUCUGACUAGCUUUUACCAAAUGACACAAAAUACCAUACAGUUUGCUUAGAUGCACAACGUCAGGGUGGAAUUUCUUAAAACAGGUAGGAGUGAAAUAUGCAAAUACAGUGUAAUUCAUAUAAAAUUACAAAUAGACAUACAGAGAAAAAAAAUUAAACAGAAUAAGCUAAAUUAGGGAUAUUUCACCCAAAAAUGAAAAUGACCUCAUGAUCACCCUUAAGCCAUCCUAGGUGUAUAUGACUUUGUUCUUUGAGAUUAAUAUAAUCAGAGUUAUAUCAAAAAAUGUCCUGGCUCUUCCAGGUUUUAUAAUGGCAGUGAAUGGGUGUUGAGAUUUUGAAAAGUUUUGUUUACAGCAAAGGAAGUUAGCGGAAACUAGAGACUACGGUUUAUAAAGAUUAAAAUAUGAAUAUUUUUCUUACACAAACACACCAAUUACACUUCAGAAGGCCUUUAUUGACCCCGCGGAGCCAUGUGGAGCACUUUUCAUGAUGGAUAGAUGCACUUUAUUGGACUUCAAAAUCUUAAAAGCUAUUCACUGCUAUUAAUAAAGUUUGAAAGAGCCAGGAUUUUUUAAAAUACCUCUGAUUGGUUUUGUCUGAAAAAAGAAAGUCAUAUACACCUAGGAUGGCUUGAGGGUAAGUAAGUCAUGGGAUAAUUUUAAUUUUUGGGUGAAUUAUACCUUUAAAUUUAUCAUUUGAUUUACUGACUAUAAAUUUAUGCUCAAAUAAUAUAAUUUUGCUCAAAUUAUGCAUCCAUGACUAUCUCACACAGACCUCAGACCAAUUUUAGAGUCAUGACUCAGUAGUUAAGACUCAUAUUAGAUUAUGACUAAAAUAAAAAGAAAGACAAGCGUUUACAGAAUACAUAGCGAAAUAAUGGCAUGAGCUUUGAGUAUAAAAUAGAUUUAACAAUGCAAAAUGCUCAGGGCAGAAUUAUAAUGAUGACAUAUUAUAGCAGUGACAUAUAAACUAUCUCUGUCUUGUUUGUUUACUAUAAAAGAGUACAAGACAGUCCAUCUACACUUCAUGGGUGUCUCACAAUGCAAGUUUAACAGUCUUGUUUACUGAAUACUUAUAAGCAUAUAUGCCAUUGUACUCAUUAUUUUGUCUUGCGCUGUCUUGUUUGAUUGCAUUUUAUUUAUUUUUAGUGGUGGUUUUCUGCUAUUCACAUUUGACACAGCUUUUAUUUUGUGCCUGAAUGUCCCUGUAGGGAUCAAUAAAGCAUGUUUAUCUAGAGUUACAGCAGGAAAUGGAAAGGAACAAUAAAACAUUUUUUAUAUCUUUAAAUGUGUCUGCUUUUAGGAUUACAUCUCAGUCGUUGUUCAUAUUCAUGAAUAUCUUCCCAUAAACCUUCAAACAUAAACUAGUGCUCUGGUUUUAUACAUUUCAACAGUAAUUCAAAGUUAUGCUCUGAAAGAAUGAGUGUGGUUGUGUCCUUGUACAAGGGCACGACGAUGUUUUUUUAGAAACAAACAAAGCACUA